AGCGCCGCGCGUUCCUGCUCCCGAAGAACUACAACUCCCAUGAUGCUCCUUCCCGCUAGGCUGCAGGGCAAGGCGCUGUUUCUAUGGCGACCGGGAGUCCACCGAGGCCUAAGGACCGCCGCGUUGUUCCGGGGACUACGGGGAGGCAAUGCCCGGGGCCAGUGACACCUUGUGGGAUAUUGCUAAAGCGGAAGUUGAAAAAAGAGAAAAACAUGAAGGCAGCACAGAUUGUCUGGAAUGUUGGGAAAGAUCACUAUUCUUUAUAGGAAAUAAAAAUGGGGGAAAGACUACUAUUAUACUGAGGUGCCUUGACAGGGAUGAAAUUCCAAAACCAACAUUAGCUUUGGAGUAUACAUUUGGAAGAAGAGCAAAAGGGCACAAUACACCCAAAGAUAUUGCUAAUUUUUGGGAACUAGGUGGUGGAACUUCAUUGUUGGACUUGAUUCCCAUACCAUUAACUACAGCUAACAUAAGGACAUUUGCUAUCGUUCUUGUCCUGGAUCUUUCAAAGCCAAAUGAACUGUGGCCAACCAUGGAGAGCCUUUUACAAGCCACUAGGAAGCAUGUAGACAAAGUUAUAACAAAACUGGGACAAACAAAUCCUAAAGCAGCUACUGAAAUUAAACAGAGAAUAUGGAACAAUUUGCCAAAGGAUCAUCCAGAUCGUGAACUGAUUGAUCCGUUUCCAAUUCCACUAGUUAUAAUUGGGAGCAAAUAUGAUAUGUUUCAUGAAUUUGAUUCGGAGAUGAAAAAAAUAAUAUACAAGACGCUUCGCUUUGUUUCUCAUUAUUAUGGAGCAUCUUUAGUGUUCACCAGCAAAUCUGAAGCUCUGCUCCUGAAAACACGUGCUCUCAUUAACCAUUUAGCGUUUGGCUUUGAUAGGAGCAAAUCCAUGUCAGUGGAUCAGAACAAGCCACUCUUUAUCCCAGCAGGAAUGGACUCUCUUAGUCAAAUAGGUCCUCCUCCUGCUUCCAAUAGUGAUAUUGGAAAGCUGCAUGCACAGACACCUAUGGAUCUAUGGAAAAAGGUGUUUGAGAAGGCAUUUCCACCAAAGAAUGUCGGAGUUUUCAAGGAAGUCAAGGACCCAGCUCAAGAUCCACAAUAUGGUGAAUAUGAAGUAGAUGCUAUGCGCGCUCAGAAGAACCAGGAACUAGAACAGUACAAAAGAAAUGCCUCUAAAACCUGGAAAGAAAUGGAGUUUGAUUCUUGACUGAGAAGUAUGUCUCAACCAGAUUUGAAGCUGCAUUUCAUACAUUUGAGUCACUAUGUUUUGUACACUUGUAAAAUGCGU